AUGAGCGUCGCUGCCGUCGAGUGCGCGCACUCCCUGGAGGCCAUCGUGAAGGCGUCCAAGCUCCUCGCUCACCAAGUGUCUCAGACGUACUUCAUGGCCCUGUCCACGGCCAUCCUCGCGAGUGUGGCGAGGCUCUUCGCGUGCAACCUGCAUCUCGGGGGCAGGCUGCUGCUGGUUCACGGGGCCCUGCUACGCACUUUUCUCGUGAGUUUGACGGUGCUACAGCUGCACUCCAGGCAGAGUUUUGAGGGCAGUUGCCUACCUCCCUUCGGUUCCUGUUCCCACCCUUCGAAGUGAGUCAGCCGUGUGAUUCGGGUGCCCCCAAUCAAGCAGGAGCAUCGAUCCCCAGCUCAUGUCUUCUGUUCACUCUAAUCCUUCCCCUCCCGCGUGCUACCACUAUGCUUGUGUCGCUUCCGUCCGGCGCGAUGGUGGGUACUGCUGUGCCCAUCCUCUCGUCCAACCGUCUACCCAUCUGAUCAGGCGCAACCGUGUUUAUCGGAUAGCGUGUCAACGGCGGAGCUCGCGGAGUGUCGUGUACCCGAAGACACCGUGUCCUUCUUAUCUCGCCUUAGGUGUAGAUGCCGUUUGUUAGAUAUGCUUGCGGUUGGUGGUCUGCCGUAGCGGAUGAACCCUCCAUUUUUUUUAUGUGGUGUGUUUGGCCUUUAGGGCAAGAGGAGGAAUUGCUAGCGCCGUAUGACCUCUAGGUGUUUGUGGAUAGCGGUGGCAUCAGACACGAACGAUCAUGUGACCCAGGAGGCAUCUUGCACUAGCACUCGAGCAGUGCCUAUGGAAACCUGCACGUGAUACCUUGUGUGGAAGUCAGAUGUCGUGGUGCUCGCAUUGGCCAGCUUUUUGACACGUAUGAUG